AAUGAUGUCAGUGUCAACCGCCAUGCCUCUUGCUCUCUUCUCGCGCUUUCUCUGCAGCUUCAGCUUCAUCAUACCACACCAACCAGAUCCCCAAUCCUCCACUACAAUCAAGCAGCUAUUGAGCGAUUCUCCUCCGGAAAUCCGCCCUUUCUGAACCACUUCCACACCACCAAGUCAUCCAUCAUGUCAAGACGCGGACUUACCAUUGCCGGAUUGGCCCUCGCGGGUGGUGCAGGUUACUACCUGUACUCGGCGGGUGGUGAUCCCAAGGUUGCCCAAAAGAAGAUGGAAGCCGAUGCGCACAAGCUGUCUGCCGAGGUGAAGCACGAUCUUCCGGGCAGAGGAAAAGAAGCCGAGAAGAAGGGCGAAGUUUUUACAUCACAAGCUGGCCGAGAGAUCGACAAAGCUACUGCUGAAGCCAAAGCCAAACUCGCCGAAGCCGAAGCCAGAGCAAAGGAAGUGGGCCAAAAGACGGGUACUCAAAUCAACAGUGCCAUUGACAAGUUUGACAAGACGGUGGAAGACAAGGCAGCCAAAGCAAAGAGCGGAAUCAGCAGCUGGUUUGGCGGCAAAUAGGUCAAAAUGCUCUGAUUGCCUUGGUGUCGGCGCUGGGGUGAUAUCGUCUGUACAUUGUUUCCAACGUGUCUUCCCGAUCGAAGCAGCACUCAAUCUCACGCCUUGUUGAAAUUUACAAUGCUCUCAGUGAUUCUCUCCAUUUUCAC